AUGGCUGCACGACACUACUACUCGCUACCAACUGAAGCGCCACAACGAUCCCGAUCAGGCAGUCGACGACCACCUCUGACACCGUCUACCGUCUCUUCACCAUGCGUCACUACGUUGGUAUCACUACCUCGACGAGACUCUGCCGGUUCUGUUGGAAGUCCUACCAAGGCCCACGCCAUGUUGGCCAAGCACGUCUCGUCACCACCAACACCACGAAGCGAGACUCCAUCGAGCAUAUUAGGUUCGCCUUCCGAGUCCAGGACCAGUGCAUACCAGACCAGCGCAUAUCAAACCAGUCCGGCCAGCUCGUACGAAAGGCCGGGCAUGUGGAGGACCGAGAGUGAUCGCUACGUUAGGCAGUCGAGACAGCAGGAUGGAUACAUCUCUUUUCCUGACUUUGAGAAGUUCUGUCAGACGCAGAACGGAUAUGACCAGCGCCGUGAGCAGAAUGGUGUCAACACUUGAAAAAGAGAAGGACGUGUCAACUUGCGAUGAGUACAGUGAGCCAACGAACUGCCACUGAACCGAACCGAUCCUACCUGUCAACCAACUCUUCGCAGAGCUUGAACGCUCUACUAGCAAGAAAGAGGAACAUGCUGCUCGGAGACGAAACGGCAGGCAGUCAACCCCCACACAGCGAUUACCACGACUGGUCAAUGCACUCCCACGCAAUACGUGGACUGGGCUUGGUCGAGCCGUGGAAGACUGCGGAAGAAUGCGAAGUCGCAGUCUUACCAGUACGUCAUCAGAAAAAGAAGCAAGGCUGCAAAGCGGGAGGAGAUGCUUCGCGCGGGGGGCAGGAUCCGUGCGACAGGCGCACAGCCACUCCGCUGCGCCUGGUAGUCGUCGACGCCACCCAUCCGGCUUCAGGCGGAGGAUGCAGUGGGCAUUGAGAAGGGCCGUCAUGAGAUGAAGAUGCGCCCUGGAUGUGCCAUAGUUUUGUGCCGUGACAUCGUUGUGUCUACUCAGUAGCAUGUCGUGCCAGAGGUGUACCUUCGAUAGUAGAUAGCAUCUGCAAUGUCAAUGCUGGUAUCCAAGA